CCCACGGUCGCUGCGAAACCGCUCCCACUUGGUAUCAACCUUUCGUGCUAGAUCUCCCUCGCGGCGAAUUAUUUCCGUGUACCCAAUCGUAACCUACCCGCGCUCGUACCCGCCUCGCCGCAGAAGGACACCUCCGCCGCCGCGGCGUCACAGGAAUUCCCUGGCAUGGAGGGCGUGGGCGCUCGGUUAGGGCGCUCUUCGGCCCGCUACGGCCCGGCGACGACGUUCACCGGGCCCGUUAGAAAGUGGCGCAAGGAGUGGGUCCCCAUCGCCGCCGCCGCGGCCACCGCGGCCUCCGCCGCGACCUCCUCCACCGCGGCCGGAUCCCGCGGGAAUAACCUGGUCCUGUUCAAAUGGACCCCGCUGAACGGCGCCAACGGAGGAGCAGGGGAAGGAGAUGGGGAGCAGGCGGCGGCGGCUGCGGAGACGGCCACGAGAAGACGGCGGUACGUGCCGGUUUCUAUAGUUGAAGAUCAGAGGCAAGAAUCUGCCAAAUCUGACGAUGAGAAUAAGGCUAAUGAUGGAGAUCCUUCAUCCACUGAAACUGAGCCAUCUAAUGGGAAAACUAAUAUUGAUGAUACGCCCAUGGAUGAAUCACAGGCAUCGGAUGAGGCUCGAGAUUCUGGCAAUAAUGGUGGUGGGACCGACCUAAAUUUAAACUUAGGUCCGAAGGACCCUGAUGAUGAGGAUGAAGGUGAUACAGGCGAGCAAAAUGAAGCUCGAACAGAACAUAGAUUGAAGAGAAAAUCUGUAACCCCUGACCUUGAGAUGAGAAUGUAACAGGCGGCUCAUCUAUUCCUUGGAAUUCUUUACUAUAUUUGCCUUUGGGCCAUUUGUGUAACUUUCUGGAAUAUUUUCAUCAAGACAAACAGCUCAACAGAAUUUAUUACAGAACUCACAAUAGUCAAGUGUAAAACAUUGAUGUUAAUGAAAAUAUCUAUGCAUUGGCAUGUGCAAAGUGCGCUUUUA